AUUUAUUCGCUUAUGUCCCUACUUUUCUCCUAACUCUUAUAUAUUUGUCUUGUUCAGACAUGAUUGCAUGCUCUAAACUCCUUUUGUACGGCAGCUCCAACUCUUCCUCGCAGUUUCAACUCAGAUUUACUUAAGCUACUCGAUACUACUUUGUCAGGUUUCGUGUGGCAACCACACAUUCUGCUACUGCCAAUACGCAGGGUCUUGUGGGCAAUCAGUUUCAACUGAUUGUCAUUUUUAUCUUAUGAAUUCCGGGAGUACUUUGAAAACAAGCAAUGCUCUGGAGGGGGUGAAUGGAGUCCAUCUCGUGCCUCAUUCGCCAUUUGAUUCGCAAGAGAUGAAUCCGCAGGGUGAGUUUCAUCAGUCGAGAUGUGAGAGUGCAAUUAUUGGAGCUAAUCAGAUAAUGACAGUACAGAGAAUAUGGCAGCAAAGACCUUCAUGUCUUAGGCCUAUUCAUGGGUGCUGUCUGAAUGGUGACAGGAACUCUGUAGAAAGAAUUGCUAAUGUGCUCACAUCAAUUCCUUUUGUGGUUCUCGGAUACAAAGCCCCUAGAAAAAAUCUGAACUGUAAGCUUUAUGCUCAUUCAUUAAUUGGAGUAGGAGUUGCUUCGAGUUUGUACCAUGCUUCCCGAGGCAGAUUAAGAAAAUAUUUGAGAUGGGCUGACUAUGCAACAAUUGCUACUGCUACUGUGUGUCUUUCAAGGGCGCUCCGGGAUGAAAAUCCAAAGCUUUUGAUGGCAGCAUCGGCUUUGGUUCUACCUAUCCAGCCUCUAAUGGUAUCAGCUGUUCACACGGGAAUGAUGGAGGUUGCAUUUGCGAAAAGAGCCCUUAAAGAUCCAAAACUGAAGAUGGCACACAAUGUACAUAAGAUGUCAUCACUACUAGGCGGCGCGCUGUUCAUAGCAGAUGAUGCCUUCCCUCAGACUCCAUUCCUUCACGCUGCCUGGCAUCUUGCCGCAGCUAUUGGUGUUAGCACCUGCAACAAGCUUCUAGAGUAGUAGUUGAAGUUAUUACUAUCUAAUUUGCCGAAGUCGCUAUGGUACCCUAGUGCAUUCUUUAGAAGAACAAUAAAUGAAUUUGUAGGGAACAAAAGUUCCCAGGAGAACUAACAUCUGGUUCGUUUAAACAAAUUUGCAUAGUCAUUCUAUUUAAGUCAA